AUGAGGUUGUUUAUUCUUUUUAUAUAUAUUAUUGCGAAUGUUAGUAAUAAUAGCAGAGCAUCGCUGGAAAGUUUUUUACCGAGUAAUGAUGUUCUAUUGUCUGAUACCACGAAAAGUUCUGACAAAUCGUGUAGCCGACCUUGUAAAUUCAACGUAAGGCCUCGACGAUGUCGUUACGAUUUCGAAAUUAAACCAACAUUCGGUGAAGAUGAUAGACCGGCGCUAACUAUUAAUGGACAAACGCCAGGACCACCAAUCCACGUCUGCUUACAUGAUAUUAUUGUUGUUAAAGUAAAGAAUAAGAUACCUAAUCAGGAUAUAACUAUGCAUUGGCACGGGAUCGAACAGAAAGGUACUCCGUAUAUGGAUGGAGUACCAAUGAUUACACAGUGUCCUAUUUCAUAUGGAUCAGUUUAUGAAUAUUCGUUCGCUGCUUCGUCACCUGGAACUUUUUUCUAUCAUGCAGAUUCAGUAUUACACCAUAGUGACGGAGUUUAUGGCACUCUCAUAGUUGAUCAACCACAGCCUUUAGAACCUCACGCUUCUUUAUAUGACUAUGAUAGAAGCGAUGAGCAUACAUUAAUAGUUGGAGCAAGGUUUCCAGAGUUAUUGACGGCGAGACUCGAAGAUACCAGCUACGUACCACCUGAUGGUAUUAUUAUUAAUCGAAACGAAGAUUAUUCAAAGAUAUUCGUGAUACCGGGCUACGGAUACCGGUUGCGUUUGAUCAACGCGAUUGCGUUAGAAUGUCCUUUAGUAAUCCAGGCUUACCGACAUGCGGCGACGGUCAUAGCCACCGACGGAAAACCUGUUCAGCCAGUCACGACCGCAGCUGUUAAAAUAUAUCCAGGCGAGCGAAUGGAUGUUGUAAUCAGAGCGGAUCAAGAAAGCGGCGGCUAUUGGGUCCGAGUCUCCGGUGAAGGACUCUGUAAAGGACUAAACACAUAUGCCAUGCUUCUGUAUUCCGGCUUCAACUAUACUUCUAUGCUUUUAGAUGGACCGGACGCAGAUACAGAAUUUGUACUAGAAGACAAAGAGGCGAUAAGCGGACAAGCAUUACACUCAUCGCGGGAUGUACCCGCGGUUGACAACAUAAAGUCGAUAUAUCUAAAAAUAGAUAGAUCUCACUUGAGGGUCAAGGACGACGAUAUCGAUUUCCGUUAUUUAAGCGACGCUGUGCCACAUAAACCUUUUUUCCCCGCUGCAUUAUCGCUACGUGAUGAUGUUGUUCAGAUAAACGGUAAAAAUUUCCUAUACCCUACCGCGCCGUAUUUACUGAAACGCCGUGAAGUUCCCCAGCAAACAGUUUGUAUUGUUGGAGAAGAGGAAAAUAACAAACAACCUCAAUGUAUGCUCAUUCUGAAUGUCAAUCUUAAUGAAGUCGUUGAACUGGUCUUAGCGAAUGAAGGUCAUAGAAGUAAUGACACGUACACAUUCCAUAUGCACGGCUAUGGUAUGCAAGUUGUUACAACAUGGCAAAAUCCUGGCAAUACUCCGAUAUCUAAAGAAGAUUUUCACAGAUUGGAACGCGAAGGUUUAAUUACAAGGAACGUUAAGAAUCCACCAGUGAAGGACACCGUUGUUGUACCAAACAAAGGAGUGACAAUUGUAAGGUUUACAUCAACAUUUGGCGGAAGUUGGCUUCUGGAGUGUAGAUCAUGCUCAUUUUCAUUACCAGUCGCGAUUCUCAUCAACGUUCCCCUAUCUAUACCUAAGUUGGUUACUGACUCUCUACCAAGUUGUGGGAGCUAUAAACCUGCUGACGUACUGCUCAAUUAAUUAUUUUUAAAAUCGAACAUUAGAGUUUUAAGAUAAGUCUGAAAUUGUACAUAAUAUGAUUUAGUGAAGACUGUAUAUAUUUAAAUGUUAAGUUUAUUUAUUAACGGGUUAGAAGGUUGUGUUCGAAGAUUUAAUAAAAUGUAUUUAGGUAAUCUUCGUAUACUUUCUGUCAAUUAUUAUUACAUUUGCUGGCUUAAAAAGCUUGCUGAUUUAUAUAUAACUGAAUUUUCAUUUCAAGUUCCUUUAUUUAAAAUGACAUUGAGUUACUUAAAAUAAACAAAUUAUGAAUAUAUAUUUUCAUCAACUCAUUACUUGAAGAUUUACAUUUUAUCAAAGUAAAUAAUAAAAUCAAGCAAAAGAAGAGGUGGAAAACUUAUCUGAAGAAACAGUCAAGGUGGUAAAAAUGCUAUAUAAAAUAAACUAGAAACAAUAUAUAAUUAAAUACAGAAAUAAAGUGAUAUAUCGGAAA